AUGGUAGAUAAAUUUACCCGAGAGAGAACUAGAGUUCAAUUUGCCAGGAUUUUGGUGGAGGUGGAACUCUCAGAUAAUCCUCCUAGAAUUAUUCAUUACAUGAAUGAGCAUGGUCAACUAGUAGAGCAAGGGGUGGAGUACGAAUGGCUGCCAGUCAAAUGCAAAAACUGUGAAGGUUAUGGCCAUAUUAUGUCUGAUUGCUGUCAGGAUCAGAAACCACAACUGGUUCAACAAACCAUUUCUCCUGAGCUAGAAAAGGAAAAGAUCAAGCUGGUGCCGGUUCCAACUUCAGAGUUGGCCACGGAGCAGGUUGUAAAUACAGAAUCUGGACAGGGACAAAGUUUAGGUUCUAAGGAAAUGGUUGAGGAAACAUCUGUUUGUAGGGACAGGAAUCAAAGAAUAAAUGGAAAACGCCUAAGAAGUCACAAUCACUCUUUUAGUAUUACUUUUGUUUAUGGCCGAAAUACACUGGAGGAGAGGAAGGCUUUAUGGCAAGGUUUAGCUCAGCUUGAUCGUCCAACUUACUCUUGGAUGGUUUUAGGUGAUUUUAAUGCUCUGUUUACAGCUAGAGGUAGGAGUGGGGGAAAAUCAGUGUCACCAAUGGAACUUGUAGACCCUUCUAAUUGGAUUGCUAUGACUAAUCUUGAAGCGCUUAUGAGUACUGGAUCUUUUUAUACUUGGACUAACAAUCAAGAAGGAGGUGCUAGAAUUUAUUCUAAAAUAGACCAUGCUUUUAUUAAUGAGGAUUGGUUAGGUGGUUUUCCUAAUACUUCUGUUGUGUUCAAAUGGGAAACGGUCUCAGAUCACUGCUCAUGUACCAUUUCUAUGUUGCCAGUAGAGAACUUGGGUAUCAAACCUUUUCGGUUCUACAAUUUCUGGACUGAUCAUGUAAACUUUAAGCAGCUGGUUAUGGAUAACUGGAGGCAGCCGAUGAGGGGGAAAGGUCUGAAAUCUAUCUAUUUGAAGACAAUGAGGUUAAAGCAUAAAUUGAAGAGCUUCAACAUGGACUGUAUUGGGGAUUUAGGAGUUAAUUAUCAAUCAGCUAAGGAUCAAUUUCAAGAGGCUUUGUUACAAGCUCAACUGCAUCCUCACAAUCCUGCUUUUUAG